UUCCGGGAUCUGGGAGGAAGGCUGCGUGACGUCAUCAGGUGGCGACGCUAUGGCUGUAUAAUCCCCAUGGCUGCGCUGGGUUGACAUUCGAUUUCCAGCUCGAGCAGAGACUAGAUGAGCAGCAUGUUCGCAGCCAGCCACUUACUGUAUGCAGCCAGGACCAGGUCCUGUGCGCUAUGUAACAUGACAAGACUAUUUGCAUCCUCGUACAAGGGAGAAGAGAGGAUAACGGAUGUGCUGAGAGCCAAGUUUCCUCAGGCCACCUAUAUUCAUGUGGUUGAUAUUUCAGGAGGCUGUGGAUCCAUGUAUGAAAUUCACAUUGAAUCAGAAGAAUUUAAAUCUAAACGUCCAGUACAGCAGCACAGAAUGGUUAAUGAUGCCCUGAAAGAAGAGAUUAAAGAUAUGCAUGGACUGCGAAUAUUCACAGUUGUUCCAAAGUAGUUUAACCACCGUCACCUGAAAAUGGCCAAUGUACCGCUGUGUAAAUUUCACGUGGAGAAGAGCUGCUAACCUGCAUUAGGGAAACCAGCCACUAUGUGCAUUCCCUGAAAGAAGAACUUAGAUGUAUUGUGUGUGCCUUUCCACGAUUUA